AUGGGGCAACCAUCUGUGCCACCUCUUCCAUCGCUGUCCCCGCCACUACAGCCUCCACAGUCUCCCCCACCUGAAGAAGUCAAUGAGGUAGCCAUGGAAGUGGAGCGAGACGAAGAUGAGGGUGGCAUUGUGGUAGAAACAUUUACAGACUAUCGCCCUCCGAAAUUAUCUAUUGGUCGUCCCCAUCCAGAUCCUGUUGUGGAGACAUCUUCCUUAUCUGCAGUGCAGCCACCUGAACCAACUUAUGAUCUUAAGAUCAUAGAUGACCUGGAAAGUUCAGAAGCAUUGUCAUGCUUGCAGAUUGAAACAUUGGUUUAUGCUUGUCAGAGACAUCUCCAGCAGCUACCAAGUGGUGCCAGGGCGGGAUUUUUUAUUGGAGAUGGAGCUGGUGUGGGCAAAGGACGAACAAUUGCAGGGCUAAUCUUGGAGAACUGGCACCAUGGGAGGAGGAAAGCAUUGUGGAUUUCUGUUGGGUCAGACUUGAAAUUUGAUGCAAGAAGGGACUUGGAUGAUGUGGGUGCAUUGUACAUUGAAGGUUGA